UAGGCCACUAGCAUAGCAACACCUUUUCUCUUAAUGAUCUGCACUUGGUUUUGCGCCAAGUGACUUCCUCCUCCUAUCUCUCUUUUAUAUUGUGUAUUUUCUGUUGAAUUCCGCAGAUUUAUACGUUAAGCUUAUUGAAAUUUCUCGAUUUGUAUAAAUUUUUUGUUCUGUUAAAUAAACAUGAAAACUGCUGAAGAGAAAUCUUUAGCCGAAGAUAGUGGCGAGGGUUCUUCCAGUAGCAACAACGCUGUUAAUUUAACACCUCCUCCAGUUCUAAAGGCUGGAGAUUCAAGUGAAAUAGUCGAGGAAUUGUCAACUGUUCAGAAUCAAGGGAGGGAAGGAUUAACUAAGAAGAUAUCGGACCCAGCAUUCGAAGGAUCCAGAGAGGAUUCCGUGACAAUAAACAUGCCUCCGUCGCCAAUUCCAACUCCCAAAGGAGUGAAUUUUUCCCCAUUACCAAGCCCUAGUCAUGUUAAAGUUCAUGGAUCUCCGGAUCUCACAUUGUCCAAGGGUAAAUCAACCAUGAGAAAUUUCCUUCCUAAACUAAGCUUCAAAUUUCGGAAUACAAAUUCAGAGAUAGAAAAAGCUUCCAUGCUAGUGCUGGAAGGUUCCCCUGCGAGACAAGAGAAAACGUCAAUUCCAAGGACAGUCUCUCUUACAAACAUGUUCAAACCGAAAAUGACAAGAACGUCAUCUUCACCAGCUACCCUAGUUCUGCACUCGAACCAGGAUCCUGCUUAUGGAAGGAACAUGGACAUCACUGUUAAUAUAGCUAAAAUUCAUACACAAGUCGGAAUACACCGUUCACAUUCAGUCCCCGUGUUAAAUAAAGAUGGAAGCAUAAAACAGAUGGGCCAUUUAGGCGAUGUAUUUCAUGUGAUUCCCACAACUCCACAGGUAGCAGCAGAAUGCACAGCCACUGCACCAGUUGCCACUCAAACAGUCGAUACAAUCUUUUCAGAUGAAAAAUAUAAUUAUGGUGAAGACAUCCCUCAAGAAGAAGCUGUAUGCAGGAUCUGUUUGGUUGAACUUGGUGAGGGCUCGGAUAUGCUAAAAAUGGAAUGCAGCUGUAAAGGUGAGCUUGCCUUUGCCCACCAGGAAUGUGCUAUUAAAUGGUUUAGCAUAAAAGGCAACAAGACUUGUGAUGUCUGCAAGAAAGAGGUUCAGAACUUACCUGUUACACUUUUGAGAAUCCAAAGCACUCGGGCUCGAGGAAGUGGAACUAGUCCAGCUGAAAUUUAUCAAUAUAGGGUUUGGCAGGAAGUUCCUGUUCUCGUGAUUGUCAGCAUGCUUGCAUAUUUUUGCUUUUUGGAGCAAUUUCUAGUUACAAAAUUGGGAUCUAGUGCUAUCGCAAUAUCUUUGCCCUUUUCCUGCAUAUUAGGUCUUGUUGCAUCUAUGACGUCAGCUACCAUGGUAAGGAGAAGAUAUGCUUGGAUAUAUGCAACUAUUCAGUUUGGAUUGGUAGUUCUUUUCGCGCAGAUAUUCCACUCAAUGCUUCAUGUGCAGGGAGUUCUGUCAGUGCUUCUUGCUACUUUUGCUGGAUUUGGAGGUGCAAUGUGUGGAACUUCUAUUAUUUUCGAGUUUGUGAAAUGGAGGUGGUGGAAUGCUCAGCCACAUCAACAACGAGAUUCCACACAACUGAAUCAAUCUUCAGAUAGCAUUCACAUGCCUCAAAUGAAUUCUCAACAAUGUCAAACAGAAACGACAAACGAAGGAAUUGACCAUGGAAGCUGACCACCAGCAACCAUAAAAAUGUGACGUUGAAGAGAAAAUACAAGCACUUACACACUUGUGCAGAUGUUAUGUUAGCUAAUAGCGACAAACUGUGACUCAAUACUAUUUUUAUCGUGUUAUCUGGUGCUUGUAAGUGAACAGGCUAAAGAACUGUAAAUUUGUGUAGAGCAACUUCAUUAUUGCUGAACCUUGUAAAUGUUCUUUUGACACUCUCUCAUACUUGCAAAGGAUUGCACAUUCUUUUUAAAUCCUCAAAA